AAUGAAUGAACAGCCCAGUGUAACAUCCUUGACGGUAGCAUGCGAGCGAUAUUAUAUACUUUCUAGCGCACCGCUCUCAUGCGCUCAGUAUCGGGAGAGACGCCAACUCGCAAGCAUUGGCAAACCACGCGCGCGUAAAAUCUGUGAUAUUAAUCUGUAAUAAUGAACGAUCGACCGUUCCAGGCGCAAAUUCCUCGUAAACCGGCCGUCGGUGAUGAAGUGAUCGUCAAAGGUAUGCUUAAGCCGGAUGCCAGAGUGUUCUCGGUCAAUCUUAUAUUACCACAACCACCUCCUAUACAGAAAUCUCUUUCGGCUCCUUCAGAAAGUCCCGUGAAAAGCUCUUCAAAAUGCUGCGCGUCGUUUCAAACGAGUCACAGUUGGCCCUACAUUGCCUAUCACUUCAAGGUGGUUUUUAAUGACGAUGGAUCGAGUAUCGUGGUACAAAACUGGAAAAAUGUCGUUUGGCAAAAUGAAAAACGCACUCUUAGUCACAAUUUCGAGGACCGGACAAAGCCAUUUACUCUCAUCUUCCGGUUUCACCACGAUACGAUACGAGUGUUUGUAGACCACACUCACCACACUCCAGAUUAUGAAUUCGAAUACCAGCUACCACUCGAACGUAUUCGAACCGUCGAGGUCUGGGAUGACGUACUUUACGUGGAAGAGGUAACAUUUCGAUUCAAAAAUGCAGCUGAUCGAUCUCAAGACGGUGCUUCUAUGUAAGGCAACAUCUGCCAAAUGUCUAUCUCGCUUCAUUGAAAGUAAACAUUUACGCUAUGCAAAUGUGAGCAGCUUACACCUUAGUAUCUCAGUCACUAAAUCUGCUUGUUAUUAUUGGCAUUACAUCAAGAAACUCGAGCCUUAUUACAACCCUAAGGAAGCACCAUUUGUUGAGCAGUUUGUUUAUCGACGUGGAUCACCGGAAAAGUUUGAGUCACGAAUUGCUUGCGGAUGUUGCGCGCUACCAAUGCGGCAUGCAACCAGUCAGUAUUAUCACAUCGUUCUUCGAAUCAAUGCACUUAACACACCACGACACAAAUGCAAUAAAAUUAAAAUUUUAUCGAUUCCAUC